AGGAAUGGGCAGUGACCAGGCACAGUCACCACACACCUUUUUCCACGGAGUAAUUAAGGCCUGCCUGAGAGUGAGAGAGCACUCCCUGCCCAGCUGCAUAAGGGAAAGCUGACUGAACUACCACCACUACCACCAAGCAUGAAACUCCUGGGGACUGCCUUCUUUUUCCUUGCUGUACUCUGUGUUUGCACUGUAGGAGAAGAUGACAUUCAAAUCUCUACUGUCAAUUCAACCACUUCUGCAGUAACAUCAAAAGCUGUGGAACCUGUGACUACAACAGCUUCACAAACAACAGUGGCAGCAGCAGUGCUGACAACAAUUGCAGUCGGAACUACAAACGAAACCACCACAAACAGCCCCACAUCUCCUUCACCCAAUGCUACAUCACAAACACCACAAGGUACAGCAGUACAACCACCAGCAGUGACUACAGCAGCAAGUACAAGUCCCAGCACAACAAACGCUACACAGGCAAGUGGAACACAAUCAGCACAAAAUGAGAGUUCGGAUGCUGCACCUACUACGGGACAGUCUUUUUCUUCUACAGCCUCUCCAGAAAGAAGCACUUCUGCUUCUGGAACCUCAGUUAAGUUUCUUGAAGAGGCAAAGUCUGGCCAGGACAGCUGCAUGGCUUUUGGUUAUGCCAAAAGCCUUCCCACGAGCUCUCCAACAAAUUCAACAAAGCCAACUUCUGAAAGUCCUAAAAGCAGUUCUGGAAACCAGAGAGGGAGUGAUAUCAGCUAUUCUAAUAUUAUCUUGCCAAUUGUCAUCACCCUGAUAGUCAUUACCCUCUCUGUCUUCUCACUGGUGGCUUUGUACAAAAUGUGCCAGAAGAAAACUCCAGAGAGACAAGAGAAUGGUGCUGAACAAGCCCAGUCAGAUAAAGAAGGAGUCAAACUUCUUUCUAUGAAGACAACUUCUCCUGAGACUGGAGAGCAAUCAUCUCAUGGGAAGAAUAAAACUCGGCAACUCUUCACAUCUCAGCAAUAAAUAUAUGUGAAGCAGCCUGUUUUAUCACAAUAUGCAGGAACAUCUCACCAAAGUUGUGUUUCAAUGGGAAAUGAGGAGAAACUGAAGCUUUUUACCAUCAGGACACUUGUGUAAAUGACCAGGUUUUGACUUCUAAAUCUCAAGCAUCUCUUUUCCCUUCUGAAAUGACAUGAAAUUUUUUGAUGGCUUAAUAACUUGUAUAUCAUGUAUAUUUAUUACUUUCACAUAUAGUAAAAGCAGGGAAACAAGGUUGAAAAGAAUGUAAAACAAGAAGGGUGAAGAUAAAGUAAAAAUUUGCAUUUGAUGUUUGCAUAGUAGCUUCUGAAAAUGUUUUCUGCUCUCACAGGAAGAAAUAUGUCAGCAUAUUUUGUUGAACUUAUGGUAGCUAUGGAUCUUUUAAUUGUAUGUAGCAGAAUACAUGCAGGGCCUGACCCUUGAAGCAGGACUGGGCAAACAGCCACUAUGAAAAUUAAUUCAGUGAUUUGCAUGAGACUCCUCACUGUAGCACAUGCUUUGCUUGUCAUAAAUGUUUACAGGGUGGGAUGCCUGGCUGAGAUGCUGAAGUGUGGGCUUCUUUUCUGUGAAGAGAGGAAUAUACCUUGCACUGAGGCUCUUUGAAAUUCUGUAAAUUUCUGAAUAUAAUCCUUGCAAUGUAACAGGCAAUAGUUGGUUUUUCACCUGUUCCUUGGCUAAUUGCAUUAUGUGUGCUACAAAUAUGACUCCCAUAUAGCCUGGGGCACACAGUGGGAAUCAGCAAGGUAAGCAAUUUCACAGAUGAACCUCUUCCCUGUGUUCUGAGUAAGGCAUGAGAUUCCUGCAGGUUAUUGAAUAACUCUGGAAGUUCAAAGACUGUUUCAAGUGCUAAUUACAGACACUUAAUUUGUACCGAGCUGGCAGUUCCAAAAUAUCAAGUAGUGCUUCUACCUGCAUGUACCCUACAUUUCUAAAACUAUAAAUGUUUGAAAGUUAUGUUACUGUGAGCAUCUGCUCAGUCUCAAGCCACUGACUGUAGCAUUCCAAGAAUUACCUUCUUAUUUUAAUUGGGAAAUGGAAAGAAGGCAACUGGCGGUCUAAGUGCAGGACCAAGAUCCAGGGCAAUCAUCUAAGUUUUGAUACCUAUUGAUACAAUGCUUUUGAGAAACUUUUCUCUCCAAUUUCCUUCUCUAAAAUAUUAAAACUUACCUGCAUUAUGGUGAGAGAUUGAGCAGAUUUAUUAGUUCAUGUCUAUAGACAAAUCUGAAAAGUGUUUAUUUCCCUGUGCUUGGCCCUUGCUCUUACUUUCACUUUGGUGGGUCUGAUAAUCUUCUUUCUUAGUGGCACCAUGAGAGACUUUUGGUGAAGCUCAGUAAAAGAUGGGAAACAAGUGUCCAUGGUGCAGCUGAACUUGUGGUUCAUUCAGGUAUUCCUGGAUCACUUGUGUUCCUCUGGAGCAGAGAAGUCUUGGAUGCCUACUUUGGAAAGGUCAGGCCAUCUAAAAUAUGCUAGUUGGCAUCUCCAACUAUUCUGGUUCCUGGUUGAUGUGGUUUCCUUCAAAAAAAAGCAGUCAUUGUGGAUUUUCAUGUUGAUUAAAAACCCAAGGUAUUUUAUAAUGUGUUGUAUCAUGGUGAAAGGACAGUAAAGUAGAGAAAUAUUGUGAAAUAUCUGUGUUUUUGUGCAAAAUCUGUUUAGAAACUACCAUGUUGUGUCAAGAAAAAAAAAAUUACUGCCUAAUAAAAUUUAUUCUCUUUAUUA